GGCCACUCGAGGUCGUUCAAUCGCAAAUCUGGUUUAGUGUGGGACUGGGUCGACAACACAUUCGAAACAGUGCUUCAGUAACUUCUAGUCUUGACUAUCAGUUUGUCCUGGUCUCAUGCUUAUCCUAUUUCUGAUUGCUGUCAAUUGCUUUUGUAUUAAAUAUCUCAAUAAAUGUCUAGGAUAUUGUCAAUAAACUACUAUGAGUGAUUUGCUACACAGUAAUCUACGUGGGGUUUUCGGCUGUGAUUCGAUAGAUUCUUGUUUUUGUAAAGAAAUGUUUUUAGAACAAGUGAUAUAUUUCUUGCAAACUUCAAGCUUAACAUCACAACUUGCUACGCUUGUUGAAGAAUGUAAUUAUUUGGUGAAUAUCUGUACUGUCAACUUCUACAAUACUCUUGAUGAUGAUAAUGAUCUACUCAGGUUACUGUGUUUGUUCAUAAAAUUAAUUGAUAAUUUGAAUGAAGAGUUAAAUGUCUAUCUUGAAUCUGUCCUUAAUUCAAGUUUAGAAUCAGUUAUAAAUGAUAAAAUAAUCAAUGAUAUACAAUGCCUUGUUACAUCCGUGUUGAGUUCUUUGAAAUGUGAAAAUUUAUUACAACCAGUAUGGUAUAGCUAUUUAUGUUUGGAACUUGAAUCGGCUGAAAUGGAUGCUGAAGAUUCGAAUAUAUUCUCUUCUGUUAUCUGUCCAAACAUUACGGAUAGGAAAAUUCAGAUUUUGUUGUCAGCCCGGAAUUUAACACAAAAUAAUUCCCUGGUCAGUUGGAAUAAUUUAUAUCGACAUUUAUGUGCACCUUUUAUUAAAAAAGCUCUUUCAUACAGAACAAAGUUAUUGUGUUCUGAAAAUUAUUCUGAACGAUUUCUUAAUUCGAUAAUAAAUUAUAAAAACUGUGUGCUGAAAAAAGUGCUCAUACCUAGGUUAUUUUCAAGAAAAAAUGACAUACAUGCAAUCAGUUCAGAGUUAUCAGAUGAAAUCGUAUAUAAAACAUUCUAUUUAGUUCAUAAACCUGAUAUGUUUUCACUAGUUAUUGAGUACCCAGACUCCGUUGCUGCUCUUAUGGAUCUGGGUAAAUGUUUAGAUCAUCUCCCGAUACGUCAAGAUUUGAUUACUCACCUAACCGGAGAAGUCCAGCAACGAUUAUUACAUCCAGGUGUCCAUACUGAACAAAUUUUAGCUGCUUACAAUUACUUAGUACGGGCUUUACGCUUAAUCGAUAACACAUUUCUAGUACAAGAUAUAGUUUGUAAACCAGUUUCAACAUGUCUUCGACAAAGAGAGGAUGCAGUUCGUUGUAUAGUUGAUAAAUUAAUAUCUGGCCCUGAAACCGAUGGUGAAGAUGAUGAAAUUAGAGCUGAAGCAUAUACUGAUACAACUACGGAACUUCAUCAAGAAUUAUUAUUACCUAAACCAUUAGAGGUUGAACCAUUGGAUGAUGGUGAAGAUAGUGAUGCUGAUAUUGUAUAUGAAGACCUACCAUUUGACUCUGAUAUACAUUCUGCUAACUCAGAUAAACAUUUUACUUUGGAAAGUGAUUGGAAACCAGAUCCUAUUGAAGCUUUAUGUCAGCGAGGAUCUUGGCGUCGUAAAUUAGAUCUUUUAAGCAUGCUAGUUAGUAUUUAUGGGAGUAAGAAAGCAUUUUUAGUUGAAUACAAACAAUUAUUAAGUCAACGUUUACUACGACAAAGAAGUUUUCAUACAGCUAGAGAACUGAGAAAUUUGGAACUGCUAAAACUUCGAUUUGGUGAACAGAAUUUACAUGAAUGUGAAGUUAUGUUAAAAGAUAUUCGAGAUUCGAAACGAAUCGCUAAUUUAGUAUCUGAAUCUACAUUAAAUAGUUCAAAAGAAAAACAUCUAGAUCAAACAGAUAAAUUAUUCAACAGCCCUAUCCUUCCUCCUAAUAGUAAUGAGAUUAUGGAAUCAGAGGAAACUGACAUAACAGGUGAUUCUUUAGAGAAUAAAGCAACAUCUGUUGAAUGUGCUAUUGGUGUUACUACUCCUAUUAUUACUGCUAGUAGUGAUAGUAAUCAUAUCUUGAGAAGCAAUAGUAAUGGUAAUAACAUUGCCUUUCCAUUAUCUGCUUAUAUUUUAUCCAUUCAUUAUUGGCCAGAAUUGCUUGACGAUAAAUUUAAAAUACCUGAAGAUUUUCGUCCAGUCUUUGAGCUUUAUGAACAAUGUUUCCAACGUUUGAAAGGCAACAGAACACUUAAUUGGAUGCAUAAACUAGGUCUAGUGAAUAUUGAUCUUACACUUGGCAAGCGUAGUGUUAAAAUUGACGUCACACCUUUGCAAGCAUCAAUUAUUCACUUAUUCACGAAACAAUCUACCUGGUGUAUAAGAGAUUUAGCUCAAAAACUAGAGAGUCAAAUCUCUACUAUUCGAACUAGUUUAUAUAUGUUUAUCCAGUUAGGAUUUAUACAGUUAUCCAAUUCACACGAAACUAAUAAUUCUAUUAUUCAUAUAAAUGAAAAUCUAGAGAUGUAUGAAGUGUGUAAUGAAACAGAUACUACUAAUUCAAAUGAGAAGUUAAGUAAAUCUAAUGCCAUGAUUUAUUCGAGUGAUCUUGCGAAAAUUGAUUCUAACACUACUGAAACAACAAAUAAUUGGAUGUUUACAUCACAAGAUCAGUCUGAUUUAAUUGUACCUAGUGUUAGAGAACGUAAAGAAAAAGAAUUACAGGUAUUCUGGUCUUAUAUCACUGCUAUGUUAACCAACCUUGGAAGUUUAUCGUUGGAUCGAAUUCACUCGAUGCUUAAAAUGUUCGCACUCGGUUCUACAUCCAGUUUAGGAUUUAGUAGAGAUGAACUACGCCAAUUUCUGGAUAGGAAACUUAGAGAAGGUCACCUUUGUUAUGAUGGUGAUAUGUACAAAUUAUUAGUGCCUGAUGUGUAAAUAACUUACUAUAUGCAUGCUGUACUCACGGCUGCAUCAUUUAGCUCAAAUAAAGUAUACAUUCAAAAUCUUUCUAAUUGUAUAUGUAUAAUUGAUUCUUAAACAUUCUGUACACACUGUUUCUAAACUAAUAAACCUUAAUUUAAAUAGAUGUGACCAGUUGUUAGAAAUUUUUUUGAUCAAAACAAAAUAUUGAAUAUGCUUUACCCAUCAGUUAGCUUCACUUGUUAUAAAGAAAGGGUAAGAGAUGGGUUUGAGAAUGGAGCCCUGAUGCCAUCAAUGCGU